AUGAAGAAAAGCAAACUAGCUUUCGACAAAAAAUGGGAAGCCAAUGAAAAAGGCCUUCUAACUAAGUCAGAAGAUUAUACCUACAUAAAAAAAUUGGGGGAAGGAGCUUUUGGUCGGGUGGUAUUGGGUAAAGACAAGAAAUCUAAAAAAUUUUUCGCUAUUAAGAUGAUGCGCAAGGCCGAUUUGGUGGCUAAAAAACAGGUUAAACAAGCCUACAACGAAAAAAAGAUUCUGUUUUGUAACGAUUUAAAAUUUCUCAUGUAUCUGUGCUAUUAUUACAAGGAUAAUUCCUGCGUGUACUUAGUGAUGGAGUUUAUGGAAGGCGGGGAAAUGUUCGCACAUCUUAAACGCAUGAAGCGGUUCACCGAAACUUUAGCCCAAUUUUAUGCAGCACAAGUCAUAAUGGGGAUAAUUUACUUGCACAGUAUGGAUUUAGUAUACAGGGACAUGAAACCAGAAAAUUUGCUUAUAGACACUAAGGGCUACGUUAGGAUAGCCGAUUUCGGUUUCGCCAAAAAGGUUAAAGGCAAAACUUGGACUUUCUGCGGCACGCCAGAUUAUAUGGCCCCUGAAGUUAUAUUGAACCAGGGCGUAGACCAAGGGGUAGAUUGGUGGGGUGUGGGUAUACUGAUAUUUGAAAUGUGUGCAGGCUUUGCCCCUUUUACCACAGAAGGAGAGUCCAAGGUCUAUACGAAUAUCGUUAAUGGAAUGUAUUCCAUACCCUAUCACUUCAGCACCUACGCAGAAGACAUAAUAGGGAAGUUCUUGUUAGCCAACUCCUCUACUAGACUAGGUAUGACUCACGAUAAAAUCAGCGAAAUAAGUAGGCACCCUUGGUUCAUCAAGCUCAACUGGGAAUCCAUUUACACUCAAAAAAGUAUAUCCGAUUUUAUACCAGAAUGCCCUAGCCAUGCAACCAUCGAGUCCAAGAAGCAAAGUAUUAAAGAUUUAGUUCCCCAUGUGACCACAGCUGAAGAGUUUUCAGAAUUAUUUACAGACUUUUAG